GUAGAUCCGUUGAAUAACGACUAUAAGAUACAGCUACCCACGCUGAAACGCAAGGGAAAAAAGCAAAGCUUUGAUCAUCUAAAUGUCUGUUUUACGCGCAGCAAUAGGGGGAAUAAUCUGCUGACCAUAAACGGGAAACCUUUCACGUUGAAUAGACGCAUCAAGGAUGCUUGCUACUGGGAGUGCGUCAAGCUGCGUUGCAAGUACAUCAAGUGCACGGCGCGCGUUGUAACCAAAUCGAAUCAGAUCUCAGCGUUGCGCGGUCAGCACAAUCAUCCCUAAGACUGACUGACCAACUACAAAAAUAUAUAGUUCAAAUAUCAUAUUAUUUUAUUCUAAAUAAAAAUACAAGUUAAUUUUAAAAUCAACUAAAAGUAAA